GGGUAACGAUGCUUCGUGGGUGACUGUUGUUGAUGUGUGCAGAGGGUCCCUGGUUCGCGCCCGGGUAUGGGCGAGGGACGGUCUAAAGUUAUACUGUUACAUAUGUAUGGACAUCACUUGGAUGCGGCAUGGGGGCGAACAACCGGCAACAGAAUUUAGCUAAAUGACUCGUCAAACAUGUGUCUCUCCGCCCCCAUCCAUUCAAGUGCGACACUUGUCAUUUGUCGCCUGAAGCGAUAGGCAGUGCUAGUCUGUCAUACGUGACCCGAACUGUGGGAUUUAGGAUUUUACCAUUAUUUAGCCCACCACAUCAAAAUGACUUGGAGACUGUUGGUCCUCGGGGGGGCAUGCUUGCUUCUUAUGGGUGUGACGGGUCAGUGCAAAGAGCAACGAAACCGGAGAACGGUGUCUUUCCAUCAGACUCAGCAAGAUGGGGACCAACGCCAAGUCCUCUCACGGCCAGAAAGGGAUACCACAGCUUCUCCAAGACCCACUUUCACCGCUUGUAAACUCCCUCUCACACCAUUAGAACACCGGGUGUUGGAUGAAAAUACACACGAGGGUUUCAUGGUGACGAUGGCUCCAGUUUUACUGUCACAUGGGUUGGAGACGGGACAGGAGUACGUAUGGUCGUCACUUAAUGGAUGAUGGAUGUAGCAUCAUUGUCAUCAUCACUCAUUGGGUGCAUCUGAAAGGGGUGCAGUUCAGUACGCUGGAGUAGCUUCCUCCCCUCGUUACCUCUCUUUCACCUGCGGUAACCAGACAGUGAGGCAACGUGAUAGAUGCCAACAGGGAAUUUGCCUUCACCAGUCCAGUUCUCUCUCAUCGAUGCAGAUGAAGGAAAGGAAAGGGGACGAGGAGAGAGGAAACCUUUUAAACCUUUGACAACAGUUUUUUUAUUUGGUUGAUUGAGUGAUUGAGUGAUUGGUUCAUUUAUUGAUUUGUUGAUUGAGUGAUUGAUUGAGUGAGUGACUGAGUGAGUGUUUGAGUGGUUGCUUGUAGUGACGGGUGGAUACAUGGGAAUUGCUAACUGCAUAAACUGGUAAUAGUACAGUCAUUGUGAAGUUUAGCCAAGUGUUCAUUUGUGUCCCACCAGGUAAUCUUGGUGUUGUCUACAAUCAGUGCUCCUCUAGAUUCCUUCUUCGAGGGCGGUUCUUCACGAUUGUACCGCAGUGCAGACUAUGGCAAGUCUUUCCAUGAUAUUUCUCAUCUCAUCAACAACACCUUCAUAAGGAAGGAAUUUGGACUUCUGGCUGGACCAGGGAACUCUCAACAGGUGAUUCUGACUGCAGACACCCCGGUUUUGGACAACACCGGUGGCGUCAUCUUUACCUCAACUGACGCCGGAGUGUCGUUUAUGUCUGUCCAGCUGCCUUUUCACCCGGCCCAGCCAAUCACCUUCCACUUCUUGAAUCCCGAGUACUUAGUAGUCAUCAGCAUAGAUGGCGGCCUGUGGCUUUCUCUGGACUUUGGGGCUGUGUGGAAAAAGGUUCACGAAGGAACACAAUCUUUCACGUGGGGCUCCGGCAUCACUCUCUUCUUCAGCUUCAGUCCCAAAGGAACAGUGGAGGCAGACAGAAGAGGAGAGCUCUUCCUAAAGAGGACAGAAGACCUGGGGAAGACAUUCACCACCGUGGCACACAGCAUCUUCUCCUUCGGCUAUGUAGGAGGCUUCCUCUUCACCUCCGUCAUAGAGACACUGGGAGCCCCACGUGUCAUCUAUGUGUCCUCAGACCAAGGGGACCACUUCAACAAAGCCCAGCUCCCCUCCGCCUCCACUGAGCAGUUCUACUCGGUUCUGGAUGGGGAUGAGGACAUGAUUUUCAUGCAUGUGGACAAUCCAGGAGAGGAAAGCUACUUUGGGACGGUGUACACAUCAGAUGACCGGGGCAUCCUGUACUCUAAGUCUCUAGAGCGCCACCUGUUUGGUGGGGAAGGGAAGAGCGACUUCACCAACGUCACCUCCAUGAGAGGAGUGUACCUCACCAACAUACUGGAGGAGGACGGCCGCAUUCGGACAGUCAUUUCAUUUAACCGAGGGGGAGAGUGGACACUCCUCAACAAGCCCCAGAAUGUUGAGUGUGGUGAGGAUUCAAGAAAUGAUUGUAACUUGCACAUCCACGGUGAGCACAGUCGCUACAACGGCAUCACUCCCAUGCUGCCUCUCUCUGACCCCACUGCCGUUGGCCUUGUCAUCGCCCACGGCAGUGUGGGGGACUCCAUCUCGUCAACACGGCCUGACGUGUACGUGUCAGAGGACGGGGGGUACAAGUGGAGGGGUUCCCUGAGGGGGCCCCAUCACUACAGCAUCCUGGACGCUGGGGGGCUCGUCGUGGCUGUGGAGGCCCACCCCAUGGACGGCCAAAUCAACACCAUCAAGUUCUCCACAGAUGAGGGCCAGUGUUGGAAGGUGUACAACUUUACAGAGCAGCCCAUCUUCUUCGCUGGCCUGACAUCUGAGCCGGGCACCAAGACCAUGAACAUCAGCGUGUGGGGUUACCGGCCCGAGGAUGACCACCAGCCCAUGUGGGUGGUGGUCACCAUUGACUUCCAGAGUCUCCUCACCAGAGAGUGUGGUAACCAGGACUAUGUUCAGUGGUUGGCCCAUGCCACAGGGGGCGGGGACUUGGCCACAGAGGGGUGUGUCUUGGGCUACAAGGAGACCUUCAGGAGGCUGAGGAAGCUGUCCGUCUGCAGGAAUGGACGGGACUACGUGGUGAGCAGGCAGAAAAGCCCCUGCCCCUGCACCAGAGAGGACUACCUAUGUGACUAUGGUUACUAUCGUCAUGAGAACAGCUCAGAGUGUAUGAGACAACUGGACACUGCAGACCACGCCCUGGAGGUGUGUCUAAAUGGAGAGGAGGAGGAGCUUAGGACUUCGGGGUACCGUAAGGUUCCCAGUGAUAAGUGUGAGGGAGGUUUCACUCCCCUGCGCAUAAAGGAGACAGUCAACAGGCAUUGUGGGAACUCUAGUCAGCCCCCCACUGCCAGCCCAUAUUCUGAAACCCCGAGAGAGAAGAUGCUGUUGAUCGUAGUUUGUGUUGGAUCAGGGAUUGUCAUUCUGGUGGCUGUUGCCGCUGCUGUCUAUACUGUAAGGAGAAUGGGCUAUGGAAAUAGCUUCGGGACGACGACUGCUCCAUUGCCGCCGACCCAGAGAGUGUCGCCAGUAGCAACGGAACAUCAGUCUUCCCAGUGGAUUCAGAUGAUGAUCUUAUUGAAUGAACAACAUGAGAUUAAAUAUCUUGACGAUGAUCUCCAGAGCUUGGCCAUUUGGAUGUAUGGCAUUCCACUUGUUGUAUUACGUACCUGUUGCAUCUCAAUGGAAAGAUGUCUAGGGUUUGUAAGGAACAAAUUGCAGAUGUCAUGUAGAUGGUAUGCAGAUGUCCCAAGCUAUUUAUUGAGCGAAGAACACUUCCCACUGGACACUGGUUGAACCAACGUAGAAUAGAAGUUUAUUUCAAGUUUCACUGCUCUGUUUUUAAGUAUUUGAUGAAUUAACAGUUUGUCUCUGUCUGAUGAUAUUAUUAAUGCGUGGAACACUUUCUUCAACUUGCACAAUUUUGUAUGGCGCUUGCAACGCAAUUGAUAGUGGGUUCGAUUCCCGGGACCACCCUUGUGUAAAAUGUAUGCACGCAUGACUGUAAAUCGAUUUGGAUAAAAGCGUCUGCUAAAUGGCAUAUAUUUAUUAUUAUAAUUAUUAUUAUUGUUAUUACCACUGUUCACUAGUCUGUAUUUUGAUGAGGCCCUGAAUAAUGUGCAUUCCUAAUAAAUCAAUACAGUAAUGUUAGAAUGUAUGUAAUGGAAAUAAAGUGCCUGAUUACCUCAAUUAUUCUGUAUUUACUCUGCAGGAACAAUCAACUGUUAUCUGUUAUUCACUAUGCAUUUAUUCCUCAUGUCUCUAUUUCUUUAUCUUUAACUCUGCAUUGUUGGAAAAGGCCCCGUGAGUAAGCAUUUCACUGUUAGUCUA